AUGAGACUACAAUACAUUAUCUUCCUCUUGGGAUGUCUCCUACAGACAUCGAAUGCGUUGCACACUUAUGUGAAAUCGGGAGAGAUGAAAUGUUUUUACAAGAACCUGAAGAAAGGUGAUGUGUUAAUUGGUGACCUUGAUACAGCAGUCAAGAACAAUGGUAUAUACGAAGAAGAUCCAGCGGUUAAAGUGUCUGUUAGCAUUGCUGAGACUUUUGAUGAUGACCACAUAGUCUUGAACCAAAAGAAUCCAUACACUGGUGACUUUACAUUCACUGCUUUGGACAAUGGUGAACAUAGAAUUUGUGUAUCUCCAACGUAUCCUGAUUCUAAUGAGCCAAUCCGUGUCUACCUUGAUUUGGAGAUCAGUAACAUCGAGGCCUUGGACACUAAGGGAAAGCAAAACGAAGCACAAUUGAGAAAAAGAGUUGAUCAGUUGAACCAGAGACUAAACAACAUCAGAAUGGAGCAAGAUGUCAUUAGAGAAAAUGAGGCUUCCUUCAGAAACCAGAGUGAAGCUGCCAACAGUAAGAUCACUUUCUGGACUUUAGUACAAAUCUUUAUCCUAGCUGGUAUGUGUACCUUCCAAGUCAGCUAUUUGAAGAACUUCUUUGUUAAGCAAAAGGUUAUAUAA